GUCACUCAACAAACCAUUCAUCAUGAUCAUUGCAAAAUUUAAUCUCAUACCACCUACCUAACACAGCGAGCCAGUCACCUAACUCUAGCUCUGAGCAGUCACAGUCAUCUACUUCACAAUGAAUCUCGCCAACAGUAGUUGAUUCUACUGUUGAUCUCGCAAACAACUAAACUAGACGCAGCAAGUCUAGUUGGAGGAGAAGUCUUUUAUCAAACGAUAUCGUGGAUAUGUUAGCUGCACGUUAUGAACUGUUCCCUGGUGGACAUGAUGAUGAGCAUGGUCCGUUUCCAACAGCGGAAGCCUUUCUUCUGGCUGCCAAGGAAAAGUCGUUUUGGAAAUCCCUGAGUUCUAGCCCUAGCUAUCAUGACAGGCAUUGUGCAAAGUGCCAUCUCUUGCAGUGCAGCGACGCGUCCACGUCCGAUAGCCGCGGUGACGGAGGCAUUGACGCCGCUGCCACCACCACCACUACCUGUAGUGACGCCGCGGCCACCACCAGCACCAGCACCACCAGCACCAGCACCAGCACCUGUCCCAUGGUGCAGUGCGGCCUCCACUGCGGCGCGCGCAUGCACGCCUGUAAGCUGGACGACCACGAGCAGCUGGUGUGCCCGCUGGCGACCGUCGACUGUCUGAACGUCGAGUACGGUUGCCCGGUGUCCAUACAGCGCUGCAAGGUGCAGCAGCAUCUACUGACGUGUCCCGCCAGCCUGGUCGUUUGUAACCUCAGGUGGAAAGCUCGUCUUCCGGCCACACUCACUCCGCAUUCGUCGUCACGACGACCAUCAGCCUCUUCAUUACCUGGUGACAAACAUCUAUUGAGCAGGAGUGAUUUUGCGUGGCGAUUGAAGCGCAUGCAAGGCAUCUGGGCGGGCCAGGUUGACACUGAUUCAGCUGGCCUUGGCCAGUUUCGUGACCGACCGCAGGAAACGUUAGCGCAGGCUUCUGGGCCACCUGAUGACACCACCGCCAUUGCCAGCAGAGCUACGGUAACGGGUGGGAGUCAAGAGGAUGCCGGCGACCAAUUUGGAACGCUUGUUGUAUGCUCUGCUGACUGCUCAGCUGCUGGUGCUGCUGGUGGUGCUGGGGCUGGUGGUGGUGUUGCUGGUGGUGGUGGUGUUGCUGGUGCUGGUGGUGGUGGUGGUGUUGCUGGUGCUAGUGCUGCUGGUGUUCAUGCUGCUGAUGCUAGUGCUGAUACUGCUGGUGGUACUGGUGCUGCUGGUGAUGUUCCGUGCCAAGGGACGAGUGCACCAAGCCGCAGCGCUUCACCUGACACACACUGCUUUGCACUCGAACCGCACAGCUGUAGGGCAACUCCGGCAUGUCGGCAUCCAUACUUUCUAUUGUUGUCGGACGAAAUGAACUGGUCGGCCGUCUCCUUUCACAAGCCAUUGCCCGGCUCCUUGCAGGAUUUCAUCAUGACGCCGAAGAAGAAGAAAGAGGUUACUUUCCAACACCUCCAGGUGGUACGGCGACAGGAGUUUCCCGAUCACAUCUCCAAUCUUGUGAGGUUCACGUCACAGCCGCCCAUGUCGCAGUGUGCCUUCCGAACGCACGGCUGCUCGUUCCAAGUCAGCAACGUGCAGCUUGGAUUCACAGGAAGUAGGUUUCCUAUCGGCACGACAGCCAUGUGCGUGCGUAACGAAGCCGCUGACAGUGAAACCAAGCGCCGUGGCAGCCAGGGGAAACACCAUCAUGAUACUGAAAGUAGUGGUAGUGCUGCUGCUCAGCAUGAUUUUGGCAGCUGCAGCUACUUCCAGUUACUGCCCCCGGAGUUGGUGCACAUGAUACUGGCCCACUGCGACAGCAUGAGCUUGCGACUACUGUCAGUGACGUGCCAUUACCUGCGGGACAUGUGUCAGACUAUGUUAACCAGUCACGGCAUGGUAGAAGUGUGCUGGCUGAGAAUACCAAUCAUUCCACCACCUGAGACUGUCAUGGGUGCAAGAUACUGCCGGGAAUUCACAUGGCAUGAAGGCGAUAGUUUUGUGUGGUCCUACUCGCGUGCCGGCAGCCUGGUACCCGGGCGAACCUGCUCAUCACUACAGCUACCCACCACCCUACGCCAGCACAACGCUGUGUGUACUCACCGUACAGUGUGUGAUCAUUCCACCGCAGCAGUGCCAUUCAACCAGUGGAUGAAGCAGAACAAAGAGGAGGUGAUGAAGCGCUCGGACCCGGUGUACGUGGCCAAGAAGAAGCAAAGGUCAUGGUGGCUCCCAGGACAAGCCCCAGGUUCCGGGUUAUUCUAGGGUCAUUGCACGCGAGGACUUGACCAGCAAGAUCUGAUUGCGUUACCAUGACAGCAGGGAUAUUGGCAUGGUGCAAGUCUCAGAAAGCACAAGUAUCAUACUUCGAAGAAAAAAGGUAUUUCAUUCAACAUAAGGAAAGCCCCUUGACAGGCUCCCAAAGCCUUUGAUCCACCCUCCAAUAAAAUGCAAGUCUCUGUAGAAUGCACUACAACAUCAUCAUAGUCAUCAUCAACUGUUUCUGCUAACACUGCUACGAGUGGAUACGACUUCUGAUACUGCUACAAAUGGAUGAUUAUAACAACGGUGUCGACGUCGACUGUGUCUUGUAAUCAAUGAAGACCGCCAUGCCAAGCGUGCAGUUUUUCUCCGGCUACAUAGGACCCAGGUAAUUGUGUCCGACACCAGAAGUCAGCGGGAUGUGUCGUGAACGCAGACGUGCAGCACUCGGAACAAGACAUCCAGUGGUGCUGUGUGUGUGUGUGUGUGUGUGUGUGUGUGUGUGUGUGUGCGCUGGCUGCUCUGCGCCGCCUCUACUCUUCCAGAAUCUCCUGCAAGGUGUUGCGUGUGCCCUGUGUUAACCUGUACGGUCUGAUCUUCACCCGUGUGCCGUCUACAUGCUACGUGGCUCUAGUCAUACUCGGCGCCAUAUUGAACGUUUAAAGUACACACCGCGCUACCAUAGGCAUAGCACACGCGAUGUCGGUGCUGAUGCUGAUCCACACGCAAUGUUGUUGCUGAUGCUGGUCCACUAACAAUUCUGUUGCUGAUGCUGAUCCGCACGCACUGCUGUUGCUGAUGCUGAUCCACACGCACUGCUGUUGCUGGUGCUGAUCCACACACACACUGCUGUUGCUGCUGCUGAUCCACACGCACUGCUGAUGCUGAUCCACACGCACUGUUGUUGCUGAUGCUGAUCCACUAGGUAUGCUGAUACAGACACACCGACCUCAGAUCAGAGAGAUUAGGUUAGCGGUGAGUAGGUUAGCGGUGAGUAGGUUAGCGGUGAGUAGGUUAGCGGUGAGUAGGUUAGCGGUGAGUAGGUUAGCGGUGAGUAGGUUAGCGGUGAGUAGGUUAGCGGUGAGUAGGUUAGCGGUGGGACGGUCUGUCGGGACUGUAACUGGACAUGGGCAUGCUGAAGCGUCCCACUCGAAUCCCUGGCCAUGAAUGCCUGCCUGGAGAUCCCUAGUCCUGAACACCUGGCCAGGGAUGCUGUGAUGACCAUGUUGCUAGUGUGUCAUGGUGUAACGUCAUGUAUCUCUGAAUGAACUAUCUUUACUCCCCCCCCCCCCCCCCCUGCUGUCUGUAUGCUCUUGUCAAUAACGCUUUGUUUCUUCUUCUUUAAGGAAAAUGCCCGGUAUAUAUUCUAGUGUACUCCUCAUAAGCAAAGAUGCAGUGCUAUUCGAAGCCAUUUCGCUACUUUCGCCAUCUGAAUACUCAAUACAGACCUAACCCUCUACUAGUUCUGUGUAGUCAAUCCAGAAGAGUUGCUCUUGCUGUCACACUUACGUGCACAUAGACGCACACACGUGCACACACACUCACACAAAAAGUGAUUUCGGAACUAACUUUACCAGCUAGUCCAUGACCCAGAUUUCUCCUUCCAAUCACCGCUGUGUUUUCUCACACGUUUUUACUCUGACCACUCGUGUCUCUGUUUACAGUCUCAUACAUCUUGUUGUUGUGUGGUGUUGUAUUUUUUUACAAGUGCAUAUACUGCUGUCUGUGUGCUCUUAAUAAAAAAGAUCUUAUCGAUAAAGCUUUGUUUCUUUUUUUUUAAAGGAAAAUACCGGUAUAUAUUCUAGUUUACUCCUCAUAAGCAAAGAUGCAGUGCUAUUCGAAGCCUACAUGUACUGUACCUGUAAAGUGAAGCUACUAGUACUGUACCUGGUUUCGCAUGUUCUGCUGCUCAUGAAGUGUGUUAGUACAUGUA